UCACCAUCGCUUUGUUCACGGCCUCUCGCGUCCCCUUUGGAGAUGACUUGAAACCCCUCUGGGAUCCGAGGGUCUGGCGAGGGCGCGGCUGGGGGUCAACAGCUGUACAGGCCUCCACUUCCUGCGAAUCCGAAAAGGUCCUGCAGCGGAUCCAGUGUGAGGCGCCGACAAAAGAGGCGAGGAGGUGCCAUCCCUGGUGCAGCAGUUGGAAGAGGAGCUGAGCGUCCAGAAGCGCUGUGCGUACUUUCUGGAGGGAAGGGGCGAGGGAAACGGCCCCGGUAGAGGGACGCCCGGCGGUGAGGGGUUAGCCAAGUUCUAGCUGUGGCGCCCCUCUUCGGCUCCCACGAGAGGAAAGUUUUCUCCAGACACUUUCGGCCGACCUGCGUUCUCGGGGCCUAGAUCCCGAGCCUUCGGAGCGGGCGCCGUCCCAGCCCAGCUCCGGGGAGACCCGUGCCGUGCGUGAUGCCUGGAGGGUGCUCCCGGGGCCCCGCCGCCGGGGACGCGCGGCUGCGGCUGGCGCGGUUGGCGCUGGUCCUCCUGGGCUGGAUCUCAUCGUCCUCACUGACUUCAUCGGCGACCUCCUCCACCUCCUCAGCGUCGUUCCUGGCCUCCUUGGUGUCCGCCCAGCCCCCGCUGUUGGGCCAAUGCCCCCCGCCGUGCGAGUGUUCCGAGGCGGCACGCACGGUCAAGUGCGUUAAUCGCAACCUGGCGGAGGUGCCCGCGGACCUGCCCCCUUAUGUGCGCAACCUCUUUCUCACCGGCAACCAGCUGUCGGUGCUCCCUGCGGGCGCCUUCGCCCGCAGACCUCCGCUGGCCGAGUUGGCCGCGCUCAACCUCAGCGGCAGCCACCUGAAGGAGGUGCGCGCCGGCGCCUUCGAACAUCUGCCCAGCCUGCGCCAGCUCGACCUCAGCCACAACCCGCUCUGGGACCUCAGCCCCUUCGCUUUCUGCGACAGCAACGCCAGCGUCUCGACCCCUAGCCCCCUGGUGGAACUGAUCAUGAACCACAUCGUGCCCCUUACGGACGAAUCGCAGAACAGGAGCCUGCAGAACAGGAGCUUCGAGGGUAUUGUGGCUGCGGCCCUACGAGCUGGCCAGGCGCUGCGUGGGCUUCACCGCCUGGAGCUGGCCAGCAACCACUUCCUCUACCUGCCCCGCGACAUACUGGCCCAACUGCCCAGCCUCAGGCACCUGGACCUACGCAACAACUCCCUGGUGAGCCUGACUUAUGUGUCCUUCCGCAACCUGACACACCUAGAAAGCCUCCACCUGGAAGACAACGCCCUCAAAGUCCUUCACAAUGGCACCCUGGCAGAGUUGCAAGGCCUGCCCCAAGUCAGGGUCUUCCUGGACAACAAUCCCUGGGUGUGUGACUGCCACAUGGUGGACAUGGUGGCCUGGCUGAAGGAGACAGAUGUAGUGCAGGGCAAAGCCAGGCUCACCUGUGCAUUCCCGGAAAAAAUGAGGAAUCGGGUCCUCUUGGAACUCAACAACUCUGACCUGGACUGUGAUCCUAUCCUCCCUCCAUCCCUGCAGACUUCUUAUGUCUUCCUAGGUAUUGUUUUAGCCCUGAUAGGCGCCAUUUUCCUACUGGUGUUAUAUUUGAACCGCAAGGGGAUAAAAAAGUGGAUGCAUAACAUCAGAGAUGCCUGCAGGGAUCACAUGGAAGGGUAUCAUUACAGAUAUGAAAUCAAUGCAGACCCCAGGUUAACAAACCUCAGUUCUAACUCGGAUGUCUGAGAAACAUUCGAGGACAGCACGAGGAUAGCUAUGCAUGAGAUGUAGACUUAAGCUUUAUCCCAUCCUAGGCUUGUUCCACCUCCACUCUCCACCACAGACACCACUGACCUUGACUAAAAGCAGUGAAGGGAUUUGCUCCCUUGCCUGUAAAGUUUCUUGGUGUGUUCUGUUAAUGUAAGAUGAUGAACAACUGCAUAAUCUUUUACCCUCUUCCUUGGAACUCCUCAACAUGUGGAGGGACUUUUCAAGUUUCAGCAUGAACAUGGACUCCUGGCUGUCUGUUUCUCUUAGUACAGUUCAAGGUGUAGCAAGUGUACCCACACAGACAGCAUUCAACAAAAGCUGCCUCAACUUUUUUGAGAAAAAAUACUCUAUUCAUAAGUAUCGGUUUUAUUCUCAUGUACCUAAAUUGUGGAGAAAAUGAUUGCAUUCCAUAAACUGUCUGCAGACCUUAGCAAGCUCUUCAAAGUAACUCCAUAGUACACAGGAGCACCUGCAUCCGAGAGCAUGCUUAUAUUUUACUGUUCUGCAUAUUACAAAAAAUAACUUGCAACUUCAGGUAACUUCUUUGACAAAGUAAAUUACGUUUUGAUUGCAGUUUAUAUGAAACUAUACGGAAGUUUUUUUAUAAACUGCAUUGAGAUCCAACAGGCUAAAAUGUUAAAAAAAAAUUCAAUAAAGAUUCUUAAAAGAA